UGAUUAUGACUACUCGACUAGCUCCCAUUGCGUCGCAUGGCUCGUCUGCUACUCCGUUGUCGAAUGAAAAUUUCAAUUUCAACGCCAUAGCUGAACUAACUUUCCCUUACAGUAUCAUAACCUCAAAAUAAGCGAUUUACACGUUAGUUAUUGACAUUUCUAAAUUUGGCUAAUAUAAUCGAUGAAAUAAAUGAUAGUUUAAAAAUAAUAUCAUGAAUUCCUAACAUAAUUCGUUGUUAUUUAUUUAAUAAUUUAUCCCUUCAUACACUAAAAUGCAAGCUGUAAAAUUAAUUGGCAACAGUCCACUAUUGGUAAAUUAUGGUUACUCAUGCAGUUUUUUCAACAUCAACUCUGUAUUUGCACAAAGUCUACGAUGGAGAAAGCCAUUUUGGUUGCCCACAGCUAAAAGCAAAGUAUUCAGAGUACCAAAAAGACCUCAAAUACCUGAAGAUGAGCUAAAGGAAAUACGGAGGAUUUACAACAAUUAUAGAACAUGUAUGAAGUCAAUUAGAAAUUAUUUUGCAGAGAGAGUUGCAUCUAAAGAAGUUGCUCAAGAUCCUGUACUCAUUGAAAAAGUUGAAGCAGAAGACUUUGCUAAAUGCUCAGAAAUCAAUGCUGCCUGGAAUCAGGAGAUUGCACUAAUGCGAGAAGAACGUUUAAGAAAAGAAAAAGAAAUAAGGGACCUUCAAAUCCUUCAAGCUAUUGAAAAUAAGAAAUUACGUGAUGCUGAGAUUAUACAAAGUGUAGAAAAAAAAGUACGUCAGGCAAAAAUCGAAGUAAAAACUUUCGUUACUCAAGACAAUAUUGAUCAAGCCAUUGAAGAAGCUUUGGAUAAUGUCACUGAUUAUUCUAAAGCUCUUGAUAUUGAUGGCACAUGGUACACUGAGAAGUCUGGUCUACCACCAUCAUUAAUUCCAAAAAUUGAACAAGUGCAGAUUAAUCACUGAGAAGCUUGGUGGAUUUUUGUAAAUAGCUUUUAAUCACUGUUAGAUUUUGAUGGUUGUAAAUUAAAUAAAAUUAUGUU